AUGGCCGCACCUCCCACGCAGCUGGCGCAUCUGCCAGUGACCUCAGCUUGCGCAUUGCUGCGAUCCAGUGCCGCAUGCAGUUUUGCGCGCUGCUGCGCAGCGUCCACGAGGGAAGCCAGAGGCUGCGCCUCGGCCGCGCUCUCCGAAACGGCUGCUCCGCGCCGCCGCGCGGAAGCAUCGUGCUGCCCCGCGUCCUCUGCCGGCUCCCGCGGUCUCGGCUCGCGCGCGAGUGGCGCUGGCGGCCUCCGCGCCCUGCCCUCGCAGCGUCCGCCGGCGCUCACGUUGGCAGCGGUCCUCCAUUCGAGCCCCGGGGGCGCGGGCAGGCAGCUUGGGUCGAAGGGGCCUGCGCUGGCAGCUGGCGGCUGGCAGCGGCGCUUCAGCUCGCGGGCGCCGGCGCCGGCAGCGGAGGGCGUCGAGUCGCCAACCGCCGGGAAGGACAAGGGCCUGCGCGUCGCCGACGAAGAAGCGCAGAAGGAGCUGGACAAACAAGCGGUGGCGGCGGCGCUCGUCGCUACUGGCGCAGAUCCCUUCGUGGCGAUGAGCGCUGCAGACGAGGUCACUGCCGCGGGCGGCUUGGGAGAAGCCAUCAACGAACGCCUCAUCGCGCUGUAUGACAAAGGGGACGAAGGCGCCGCAAAGAGAAACAAAACGUACCAUCCAUUCGUGAGGCCCGUCGAAGGCGUUGAGCGCCGCCUGUUCGCGCUCGAGUCGGAGCGUCUUCUGUCCGACUCGCUGCUGACUGCCAUCUCGCCGGCGCGCUCCGCCAAGUACUGCGUUCCUCUCCCCAACGAACACAGAGCCGCAGUUCCUCUCUUCUUCUACAAUCAUUUCGGGAAGCACCGGCAGUAUUCGAGCACCGCGUGGAAGUUCGUUCAUUUGAUCUUGGAGAGGACGGAAGCGGACCACCUCCACGCGGCGUUCAACAUCCCUGGCGGCUUCAACGGGCGGUUUUACUUCUUCAUGCUGCAUCUGUGGAUUUUGCACAAACGCCUCGUUCUGGGAGUGAACCAUUGCAUGCAGGCAGAGAAGCAGCGCAAACAGUUUCUCGCGCAUCGGCGGCGGCUCCGGGAGAGUUCGCCCGGCGCCAGCGGCCGCGGCCCUCGCGCGGCGCUGGAGGCCUCGCAUUCUCCUGGUGAGGCUGACGUCCCCCACCUUGUGCUAGUUUCGUCUUCCGUUCUCGCUACACACUCGCUCACCGCGCGUUCGGAGCGAUCCUGGAGCCAGACGGCGGUUGCUCAGGGGUGGCAGGCGGAAGGCUCGAGUGCGGGCGGCUCAGAAGAGAGCGCGCAGACACGCGCCGCCACAGAGCACGCGCCGCAGCCAGGCGACAGCGAGCAAGGGCGGCGCGAGAGUCAGCCCAGUCAGCCCAGCGACUCCGUUUGCGCGUGGGAUCCACGACGAGAAGAGGAGGAAUAUCUCACGCGAGGCCAUCCGUUCCUCGUGGAUGAGGAGAAGGUCGUAGAAGGAGAAAUGGUCGACGCAGAGCUCUUCAAACUCACUUGGGACGUCAUCAAAGACUGGCUUCUGCAAAAGCACGUCCCAGAGGCGCGGUUCGAGUUUGAGCUCCGCAACUGCCAGGAGUACGCCUUUGGUUUUUUCGCUGGGCUUGAUGAGGCGCUGACCGAUGACGAGAUCUACGCAUCGAGGAUCAAAGAAGUUCUCUGGGGAAACUUGUACAGCGGCCGAAUCAGCUUUUCGAAUCCGCACCUGAACCUGCUGACGAAAUAUCUAAUCCGGCAGCUAACGCACGUGAUGCGGAUACACAAGGCGUAUUUCUACAAGGCUUCGUUUACCUGGGCCGAUUUCCCCAUGUCGGCCGACUUUCCGGCGCCACGCAUCGUACCUCCCCUCGCCCAGCGCGUGCAGUACGGCGGCUACACUCCGUCGGUCGCAGGAGCGCCUCCGAGCCCCAAGGCCAUUGGCGGGCGCCCUAUGCCCAAGCAGCUGGCUGAUGGCUGCUCUGGAAGUACCCUGUCAAGGCUUCUGAACCGUCUAAAGAGCAAAGUACUCUCUGGUGCGCCGGCCGCGAAGCGAGCCGAGAGUUCGUAG